UCAUUUUUUUUAUUGGUCUUCUUGGUCCAACACAGGGGGGGAGCUCCGGCAAUCAGCAACCCUCCCCCCCUACCUCUCUUACCUCGUCGCUUCAAAAAAGUCUCUUCCUUUGACUUACCCUCUUUCUUCCCUUCUUCCUUCCAUUUGCUUUAAGCCUUCCUAUCUGUUUUGAUGAUUGGCACUAGUCUUUAUAUAUCAAUUUGAUGGUUCUUUGGUCUGCAAACACGGGAAGCUAUUCUGCAAAAGCAUGGGGCUCUGUUUUUCAGCCUCCAAGGUCAGUGGUUCAAACAGCAACGCUCCUUCUAAGAACAACAGCAACAGCAGCAAUAAAAACAACAAAAAUAACCAGAAAGAAAGCACCAAACCUUCUUCAACAGCUACGACCCAGAAGGAAUCAUCGCAGCAUCCACAACAGAAGCCAAAUGAGAGCCAUAAACCUAAGCAUUCGAGGCGGCCUAGUGGGGUUAAUCCAUGUGGGAAGCGGACGGACUUUGGAUACGCCAAGGAUUUCGAUAAGAAGUAUUCGAUCGGGAAAUUGUUGGGUCAUGGGCAAUUUGGUUACACGUUUGUUGCCACCGAUAAGUCUACAGGUGAACGGGUCGCCGUCAAGAGAAUAGAGAAGAAUAAGAUGAUCCUUCCUAUCGCUGUUGAGGAUGUUAAGCGAGAGGUCAAGAUAUUACAAGCCCUCACAGGCCAUGAGAAUGUGGUUCAAUUUUAUAACGCAUUUGAGGAUGAAUCUUAUGUCUACAUAGUAAUGGAGUUAUGUGAGGGUGGUGAACUGCUGGACAGAAUAUUGGCCAAGAAAGAUAGUCGUUACACUGAGAAAGAUGCGGCAGUUAUUGUACGGCAGAUGCUCAAAGUUGCAGGGGAGUGUCAUUUGCACGGUUUGGUACACCGUGACAUGAAACCUGAGAAUUUUCUUUUCAAGUCAACCAAAGAGAAUUCUCCUCUGAAGGCCACAGAUUUUGGUCUUUCUGACUUCAUAAAACCAGGGAGGAAAUUCCAAGAUAUUGUUGGCAGUGCAUACUAUGUUGCACCAGAAGUACUAAAGCGCAGGUCAGGGCCUGAGUCAGAUGUUUGGAGUAUUGGUGUGAUUACUUACAUUUUGCUUUGUGGAAGGCGUCCAUUUUGGGAUAAGACUGAGGAUGGAAUAUUCAAGGAGGUCUUAAGGAACAAGCCUGAUUUUCGUCGGAAGCCAUGGCCAAACAUAAGCAACAGUGCUAAAGACUUUGUAAAAAAAUUGCUGGUGAAGGACCCUCGUGCUAGACUGACUGCUGCUCAAGCCUUGUCACACCCGUGGGUUAGAGAAGGAGGUGACGCCUCAGAGAUCCCUGUGGACAUAUCUGUGCUGUCCAACAUUCGGCAGUUUGUGAAAUAUAGUCGAUUGAAGCAGUUUGCUCUUAGAGCUUUGGCUAGCACCCUUAAUGAAGAGGAGCUGGCUGAUCUCCGGGAUCAGUUUCAUGCAAUUGAUGUGGACAAAAAUGGUGCUAUUAGUCUUGAAGAAAUGAGACAGGCCCUUGCGAAAGAUCUUCCUUGGAGAAUGAAGGAACCACGUGUUCUAGAGAUCCUUCAAGCGAUAGACAGCAACACAGAUGGGCUUGUGGAUUUCCCAGAAUUUGUUGCUGCCACUCUUCAUGUGCAUCAAAUGGAGGAACAUGAUUCUGAGAAGUGGCAGCUACGUUCCAAGGCUGCUUUUGAUAAAUUUGACUUGGAUAGGGAUGGAUUUAUCACACCCGAGGAGCUAAGGAUG